AUGGGUCUUCUAACAAAAGGUAGUCCGUUGACUUGGGCGGAAACGAUUCAACACAUUGAUUAUAUAAAGGAGCAUGGAAUCAAACAGUUUAUCAAUCUUUAUCACCGUUUGAAAUCGAGACAUGGUGACCAGUUGAAAUGGGGAGAUGAAAUCGAAUACACAAUUAUCAAGUUUGAUCAUGAAAACAAGAAAGUUCGAGUUUCAUGCCGUGCUGAAGAGUUGUUGAAUCGACUACAAGCCGAGGAGCAAAUGAAUGCAAUGCUUGGUACUGCGAAUAAGUUCCUCUGGAGGCCUGAAUUUGGAGCAUACAUGAUUGAAGGCACCCCUGGAAUGCCAUACGGAGGACUGAUCGCGUGCUUUAACAUCGUAGAGGCAAACAUGAAAUUGCGCAGAGAGGUUGUCAAAAAGCUAUUGAAGAAGGACGAAACUUGCCUAUCUAUCUCUUUCCCAUCUCUCGGAGUUCCUGGAUUCACUUUCCCUGAAGUGCCUGCUGAUAGAGGCAACGCUGAUGCGGCUAAUAGUAUCUUCUGGCCAGAACAAGCUGUGUUUCUGGGUCAUCCUAGAUUCAAGAAUCUCACAAAGAACAUUAAGGGUCGUCGAGGAAGUAAAGUAGCAAUAAAUGUACCAAUAUUCAAGGAUAAGAACACUCCAAGACCUUACGUGGAAGAUCUUACAGCUUUUGGAGGGCCAGAUGACACUCGUGACGCAAAACCCGACCACAUUUACAUGGAUCAUAUGGGUUUUGGAAUGGGAUGUUGUUGUCUUCAAGUCACUUUUCAAGCAGUUAAUGUCGAUGAAGCUAGAUGGCUUUACGAUCAACUGACACCAAUCACACCAAUUCUAUUAGCACUGUCAGCUGCAACUCCAAUCUUCCGUGGAAAACUUUCAAAUGUGGAUUCUAGAUGGGAUAUUAUUUCCGCAAGUGUUGAUGAUCGUACUCGUGAAGAAAGAGGCCUUGAGCCAUUGAAAAAUUCAAAAUGGGUCAUUGAUAAAAGUCGAUACGAUUCCACGGAUUGCUAUAUUUAUCCUUGCUCGGUUGGCUACAACGACAUUCCACUUCAGUACGAUGAAAAAAUUUAUCAACAAUUGAUUGACGGAAAUAUCGAUGAACCAUUGGCAAAACACAUUGCUCACAUGUUCAUUCGAGACCCGCAUCAAGUUUUCCGCGAGAGAAUAGAACAGGACGAUGAGAAGAGCAGCGAGCAUUUCGAAACGAUUCAAUCUUCGAACUGGAUGAAUAUGCGAUUCAAACCACCACCACCAGAUGCACCGGAAAUUGGAUGGAGAGUUGAAUUCCGUCCAACCGAAGUUCAAUUGACCGAUUUUGAAAAUGCCGCAUAUUGUUGCUUCGUCGUACUGCUCACCAGAAUGAUAAUUUCUUUCCGGUUGACCUAUUUGAUGCCGAUAUCCAUGGUUACUGAAAAUAUGAAAAGAGCUCAACAGAAGGAUGCCGUUCUUAGUCAGAAGUUCCUUUUCAGAAAAGGACUUGCUGAGUGCAAAUCUGCUCCAGAGAACCUGAAAGGAUCUGAGAAGUGUGGACCACCAAGUCAGGAUAUUGAAGAAAUGUCGAUUGAUGAAAUCAUGAAUGGAAAGAAAAAUGGCUUCCCCGGACUCAUCUCGCUGAUCCGUCAGUUCUUGGAUUCUGCUGAUGUGGAUGUAGAUACCAGAUGCACAAUUUCUCAAUACCUUAAUUUUAUUUCGAAAAGAGCAACUGGAGAAAUCAGUACUUUGGCUCACUGGACUCGAGAAUUUGUUCAAUCUCACCCGGCUUACAAACAUGAUAGUGAUGUUAACGACACCAUUGUUUACGAUCUUAUGAAGAAGAUGGACGCCAUCUCAAGUGGUGAAGAUCACUGCGACAAACUCCUCGGAUGCUAUCGUUCUAAAACUGAUCAUGCGAUCUCUGCAGCUGUUCGGAAAGCAGAAGAACACAUGAUUGUAUCUAGCCAGAAGCGUGCUCACUAG